UGCUCUCGUCCCAUUGGCGCAGGUGAUCCGUCUCAGGAUGCGAGAGGAGAGCGGAGGAGAGGGGAAGAGAGAGGGGAAAGCGCCGAUGGAAAAGUGUCCAGGGCUCGGUUAACAAGAAAACAGGAUACCGGCCCGCUUCAGUUUGUCCUGGGCCACUCGGCGAUGAGAGCCACACCGAAAGGGGCACUUUGAGAUAUGAUGAUUUAUUUCUGGUUGGCAAUAGUACUAUGAUUUGGUAUGUGGCCACUUUGAUAGCAAGUGUAUUCAGCACCCGAGGAACGGCCGCUCAAGGUGCCCACGGAGUGCGAGAAGAGCCCCAGUUUGUGACGGCACGUGCAGGAGAGAACGUCAUCCUGGGAUGCGACGUGUCCCACCCUCUGAACGGCCAGCCCUAUGUGGUGGAGUGGUUCAAGUAUGGAAUGCCCAUCCCCUUCUUCAUCAACUUUCGCUUCUACCCUCCUCAUGUGGACCCCGAAUAUGCAGGCCGAGCCAGUCUGCACGGCAAGUCCUCCCUGCGGAUAGAGAAUGUGCGUUCAGACGACCAGGGCUGGUAUGAGUGUAAGGUGCUGAUGCUGGAGCAGCAGUAUGACACCUUCCACAAUGGCAGCUGGGUGCAUCUAACUGUCAACGCCCCCCCCACGUUCACAGAUACACCACCUCAGUAUGUAGAGGCCAAGGAGGGGGGUAGCAUCACUUUGACCUGCACAGCCUUCGGCAACCCCAAACCCUCUGUCAGAUGGCUGCGGGAAGGCAGCCUCAUGGUCAGCAGUGCCAAGUAUAAGGUGUCUGAUGGGAGUCUGACGGUGCUAUCCAUCACCCGGGAGGACCGUGGGGCCUACACGUGUCGAGCCUUCAGUCCCCAGGGAGAGGCCAUUCACACCACAAGGCUGCUAGUACAAGGCCCUCCAUUCAUCGUAUCACCACCAGAGAACAUUACAGUGAACAUCUCGCAGGACGCCUUCUUCACCUGCCAGGCGGAGGCCUACCCUCGAAACCUGACCUACACCUGGUUCUGGGAGGAGGACAACGUCUUCUUCAAGAAUGACCUAAAGCGCAGAGUCAGUAUUCUUAUUGACGGUUCCCUCAUCAUUGCCCAAGUCAAGCCGGAGGAUGCUGGGAAAUACACCUGUGCUCCUAGCAACAGCCUGGGCCGACCACCGACUGCCUCUGCCUACCUAACAGUGCAAUAUCCUGCCCGUGUGGUAAACAUGCCAUCUGUCAUCUACGUGGCCAUUGGUCUGCCCGGCUUCAUCCGCUGUCCUGUAGAUGCCAAUCCCCCUGUUACUCUGGUUAAGUGGAAGAAAGAUGGCCUCCCUCUCCGGAUAGAUAAGUACCCUGGUUGGAGCCAAAUGGACGAUGGGAGCAUCCGUGUGGCAGAGGUGACGGAGGACUCUCUCGGCACCUAUACCUGCAUGCCUUACAAUGCCCUGGGUUCCAUGGGAUGGUCCCCUCCCGCUCCCCUGGUGCUAAAGGACCCUCCCAAAUUCUCAGUGGUUCCUGGAGGGGAGUACAGGCAGGAGGCUGGGAGAGAACUGGUUGUCCCCUGUGAGGCAGAGGGAGACCCCUUUCCCAACAUCACAUGGAGGAAGGUAGGGAAGCCCAGUAAAAGCAAGCACAAUGUUCUGCCCAGAGGCAGCUUACAGUUCAAGUCACUCACAAAGGAGGACCACGGGGAGUGGGAGUGUGUCGCCACCAACGUUGCCACGAGCAUCACUGCCAGCACGCACGUCCAAGUCAUAGGUACAAGCCCCCACGCCCCCACCAGCGUCCAUGUGGCGGCGUCUUCCACCUGGGCCAAUGUGUCCUGGGAGGCGGCCUAUGAUGGAGGUUUCCAACAGACAUUUUCAGUCUGGUAUGGCCAUGUGCUGAAGAGGGAGCAUUUAGGUCCACAUGACUGGCUUUCCAUACCUGUGCCUGGAGGCCAUGACUGGAUGGUGGUGCCCGGCUUGGAGCCAGAGACAACAUACCAGUUCAGUGUACUGGCCCAAAACAAGCUUGGCACAGGCCCCUUCAGCGAGGUUGUCACUGUGAACACACUAGUAUUUCCUAUAAGUACCCCUGAACCAUUGGUGCUGCUUACCCCACCACGGUGCCUCACAGCCAAUCGCACGCAGCAGGGAGUCCUGCUCACCUGGAUCCCGCCUGCCAAUCACACAGCACCUAUCCAGCAUUAUGUCAUGGAGUUUCGCCUAGGGGAACGAUGGGAGGUCUUGGACGACAGCAUUCCUUCUGGGGAGACGGAGUUGCUCGCCCGAGACCUCAUCCAGGAGGCGUGGUACGAAUUCCGUGUCAUGGCCGUCAUGGAUGAAAUGAUCAGUGAGCCUAGUAACGUAGUGGGAGUGUCCAGCACAGACGUCUUCCCUCCUCCAGAGAUGGUGGAGGAGCGUGGACUGGCACGACCUGUGGUGGCUGGCAUUGUGGCUACCAUCUGUUUCCUGGCAGCAGCUGUCCUGUUCAGCACGAUGGCUGCCUGCUUCGUCAACAAGCAGCGCCGACGGAAGCUUAAGAGGAAAAGAGACCCCCCUCUUUCGAUAACCCACUGCAGGAAAAGCAUGGAAACUCCGUCAUCUUCAGGAAAGGUGAGCCCAGAGAGCAUUCAUUCAAAGGCAUCUCCGUCAGAAUCAUCUGAAGAUAGUCAUGACCAGCGUGGAAAGAAACCACCCCCAAGUCCAGGGAAAAAAGAGGAAUUGUCUUUAUACAUGAAGACCAAAAGAGCAAUAACAAGCAAGAAGUACAGCAUGUCCAAGCAUGAAGCUGAAGCAACAACACCCAUUGAACUCAUCAGCCGAGGCCCAGAUGGACGCUUUGUCAUAGAUCCCACUGACACAGAAAUGUCUGUUAAGCCCCGUCGAAUCGAGGGCUUUCCUUUUGUGGAAGAAUCAGACCUCUAUCCUGAAUUCCGACAGUCGGACGAAGAGAAUGACGAUCCCAGACCUUUGCCUCCAGUUAUGGCCCCCCUUCGGCCUCACCAGAUUUCCCCCAUCUCAAGUCAAGAAUCCUACCUGCAACCUCCAGCCUACAGUCCUCGUUUCCAGAGGCCCUUUGAAGGUAUGACCAUCAUGGAGAGCAGUCGGCUCCAGGCCACAGGGCAGAUCCGAGGCUCACUCCACCACAGGGCUUUCUAUGGCUAUCUAGGCCACCCUGGGGACCAUGAUCCCCCACCUCCUUUUUACAUGCCUGAUACCAGUCCACUGAGCUCUGUCAUGUCCUCCCCUCCAUACCUUGCUGAAGGUCCUUUUGGUCACCCCAUGAUUCCUGAAGAAAUGGGGGAGGCUGAUUUCCCACAGUAUGCUGUCUCUGGUUUCCCACUUCCUCUGACACUCACCUCUUCCUCUCGUUCACCGGAGAUUUGGCAGGGACUGGAUUUUACCUUUGCAAGUCUGGAGGGGCCCCAAUUUAUUUUUCCACCACAUCACCCUUUACAUCUCCGCCACGACUCCCCCUAUCCUCCUCCACCUCAUGUUCUUCCCCUUAGUGCUUUCCAGCCCUCCUCCCUUCCAAUGCCCACUUACCCAGCUGUCCUGCCACUGGAGGCCCCAAAGAGCCACUCAAGCAAGUCUCCCAGCAAGGCAAAGCCUCAUGGCUCCCCAGCCAAGCAUUUAGCUAUGCAAGAGGCACAUUUAGGGCAGCUAAGACACACAAGCCACGGUAUGGGUGUGCCAGUUUUGCCUUUCACUGAUCCAAUGGCCCAUAUUGUCCCUAGCACAUUCAGUAGUCUGGACACACGAUGGUUUGAAACCCCCCCUCGUUUCAGUCCGAGACAGGCUCGUAGAAUGGAUUCUGGCAUGCAUCAGGUGGUUCUCCAGCCCUCUCGACUCUCACCCCUCACCCAAAGCCCCCUUAGUUCUCAUGAGGGCUCCCCAGACAUUGUAGUCCGUCCACGGCCACGUCCCAGCAUUGUCCAACCUCCCAUACCCCCAGAGAUGUCUGAGAUUACCCUCCUCCCUCCUUCCACAGCCAGCUUCUCAAGGAGAUCUUCCCCAUCCUCCUCACCUGCCCUAGGCCAGGGUAGCAGGAGAUCAAGUCCCAGCUACCGUUCCCACAUGGCCUUUGCCACCUCUGCAACCAGCUACCCAGCUUCCCAGUCCCCGUCACCCCCCAUGGAAAGCAGCAACAUUUUUGGGCAGAUGCCAUCUCAGAGGAGGACAGAGGAGGAGAUCCUUCCAUCUGAGCCCUCUCCACCCCAGUUGUCAGCUUCAGGAAAACGUCGAGGUGCGCCGAGUGCCCUUUCAGGGUCUGAGAGGAUUGAUGCACUGAGAUACCAACGUAUUAAAAAGGCCAAGAAGAUGACGAUGAACAACAAUAACUCCAAGACCAGAAAGAAAGCAGGUGUCUCCACCUCUCAGACCCAGCAGGCCUACACCUCUCAGGUACUCCAGCCCGAAGAAGCUCUCUACCUCCGCAAGAAGAAGAAACGGCCCAUCCUCCAUGACCCAUAUACUCGCUUUUCUGCUCUGCUGUACCGCCGAACACCCCGGGAGGACCAGAAGGCUAUUUUGGCCAGCAUGGACAACAUAGACCUAGACCAUGCCACCCUUCUCUAAAACAUGCAAUAUGCCCCCAUUCCAAAAUGACACUAGCUACACACCAGAUAGAAAAAAUAACACUCAAUUAAAGAUAUUUAUUAAGGGUAAUGGCACUAAAUUUCAGCAUUCACAUUUAUAGUGUAGCUACACCCUUGGUCAGUUCAAUCUGCAGUAGUAAGCAUUCUGCCAUGUUCAUGAGCUAAUCUGUGAUGACAAGAAAUGUUUUUAGAAGAAUCCAAAAUCAGAAAAACCCACAACAACUUUUUUUUCCAGUAAAAAAGUCCAGAUUAAUGUUUGUGUCUAAAAUCUGGUCCCAACAUACUGUCACCGUCAGUGAAUAGCAGCAGCGGUGAUUGGUAUGGCAUCACCGAGUCUUGGUUCUAAGGCUUUCCCUCUGAAAUGUUUUUUUAAAGUUAUUUUUCCAACUACUCAUUGGGAUGCCCAAAUGCACAACAACGAUCUGUGUAUGCUUAAAUCAAGUAGUAUUCCCUUUAAAAAAUGUAUUUAGACUUUUAGCAAUUCAAAUCAAAAUGAUAGCUGCCACAGUUUUGCAAAGUUUUACUCCAGUGCAAAAAGAUUAAUGCAAAAAGAGCCAAUACAUGAUUACCAGCUCCCACUUUUUUCUAAUAAAAAAAAACCCAGGUUUCCUACUCUAGUGUUCUACUCUAGUGCUUCUCCAGGCUUGGGUCAUGUUUCUUGUGCCGAGCCAAUCCCCCCCAUAAAAGCCCUGUGGGUCUCCGUUUACAGCACCUUCCACGGGAUCCUCUCCGCCAGCAACGUCUCUUAUCUGCCGAGAAACUCGCCUCACAAAUGUGGGUGUUCUCACUCCCUACCAAGUAUACCUCAGAGCACAGGACACGAGACCACACCACCACCAGGAUCAGCAGCAAAACAAACUAGCCUUUUUCAUCUCUGUAGUCAUUAUUGUACUUGCUUUUUUUAUAAUGAUAUGUUCUAGUUUUCCAUUCUAAUAUGUACUUCUUUAAUUUGUCUUUAAAUGAUAAUUCUGUCACAUAAGUGAAGAAAUUCACCGUCAGUCAUUUCCUCAUCUUUUCUGCUCUGUAAAUGAUCAGGACGAGAACCCUGAACUACUUUACUUGGCCUACAAAAUGAAUUAUUAAUUAACUUUCACUAAAUGUAAUUUCUUAUUGAAUGGAUGUCAUUCAGUAGUAAAUCACACAGGGUUUCACCAGGGGCUUACUGGGACAUUUGCAUUUCACACACUUGACACAAACCAUUAACAGGCACAAUGAACAGUGGUAAUAACUUUCAGUUAUUCUAUAUAAAGUAAUUUAAUUGCUCCAAUUAACCACUCUGCCUUUAGCUUAUCAUAACUCAUCAGUUUGCACUGGAGCAAAAUCUUGUCCAUUUCCUUUGUGUACAUCUCCUCCAGUUCUUCUACUUUAGGUAGUGUAGAGGGUUUAAAAUCCUAUUCAGAAAGAACAAUAGUUAUGCCAAAAACAAUUUAAAUUUAAAUUCAAUACAAUGAUGUGUAGUGGAGGAUAAGAUUUUGUGCCAUAGUAGGCUAUAUGAUAGUAUUUAUACAUAUUAGAAGGCAUAAAAAACAAUAUCUUUGUUUGGCCUUAAUGGAGCUUCUGGGUGGUUGCCUGCUUCGCUUGUGUCUAAUUUAUAUUUCUGUUUGAUUUUUUUAUUUGCAUGUUUGUGUGUGUGUGUGUAUGUAUGUACCUGCCUCUUUUGGUCAUUUUCUAUUCAUAGCCUUUUGUCUCUUUUGUCUUGUCAUAUGAAAUGGAAAUGCUGAGAGUACAGUCAUACCUAAAGAAAAUAGUAUGUGGCAUUGAAGGCAACACAAAGUGAGCCAAAAGUUUUAGUUGUUUACAUGUUUCUCAGUUUUACUUUGAAAAAUUCCAGUGAUUGAGAUGAUUAAAUCUGCCUGUCUAACUGACCUGGACAUGUGGAUACUAAUGAGCUAAAUUAAUUUUAUUGGAUAUGUAAAGGAAGUGCCAUAACAUCAGAAACUCACCUCUCAUAUUACACAUGCUGUAGCUCAGUCAUAUUUUAGAUUCAACAAAGAGUGAGUGUGUACUCCCAACAGCUCAAACUUUUGUUGCUGUUCAUUUAUUUAUUUUUCAGUUUUGCUGAAAAGGUGCUCAGUUUCUCUAGCAGAUAUAUUCACUUGUAGAUGUUGCGGUAACAUAUCUUGAGCUCCUAAUACAACAUCAAAGCAGUGUCCAUGUUCUGCUGAAUUGUGUUUGGAGUGGUAUUGCUCAGAGGUAUGUUAAGUGGUGAUGUGCAGAUUUUAUGUAUGUAUUUAUUUGUGUAAUGUUAUAUUGUGAUUUUGAGCAGAUUCUGACACAGCUGCAACUCCAACAUAGUCUUCUAAAUCAACCACAUUUUAAGUGAAUAAAUUCCAUUGCUUUAUUAAGAUAUUUCCACAAUAAAUUCUUGCAGAAAGAGCAGUGUCAAGGUUUCAGAAAUGCUGCUCUGACUUCUCUCAUUUUUUGGUUUUCAAAUUAAUGUGGAGUGAAAAGGCGAUGUUUUUUCAUGUACAUCUAUUUAAUAUAAAUAUUUAUAAGUCUCCUGAGAGCAAUGAUCAUACAUGAAUAGGCAAGCAAAAAUUAUUUUAAAGAGAAGUGUCUUAACUCACGACCAUAUCCAGUACACUGGGGAAAAAAGGUCCAUUUAUGCAUCAUACAGAUGCAGGUUGCUUUAGUUUAGUAAUUUUAUUAAAGAAGCUAGUGCCUUUAUUUAUGAUGGGAUUAUUAUGUGUACAAGUUUGUCUGCAACUACUGUAUCAAUAUGAUGAUUUAUUGUGGAAAUAACUUUGAAAUAAACGUAUUAUUACCAUGCAGAACUUCAGUGAAACCACAGUCUCCACUUCCAAAGAUAACAGAGUCAGCAUGAAUAAUUUCAGUGAGAAUGAAGUGGCAUGAAAAUGCACAUAGACCACGAAAAUCACUGAUCAUUGAUGGAUUCCCUACCACAACAAACAACAAAAACAUAUUAAUGAGAGCUACUGUCCACCUCUGUGAAUGUGGUGGUAAUUAAAGACUUCACAGACAAUACUUUUGUUAACCAAGAUAAAAGAGAAAGGAACUGCCAUGUGACCAAGAUUGUUUUUACGUUCUUUCUAAGGCUCUGACUGAUUGUAGUGACUGAAAUGUAUCAGUGAAGAAGUCAUCUCAUCAUAGGUGCUUGAGCAGUGGUGUCAAACAGAGGCUCUUCUCACAGCCUAAGGUGCUAAGGAAAUCAUAAAGUGAUGCUGUACUAAUGUUUGAUCCUUCCAUAUAAUUGAAUACAAAUGCCACUUUCAUUUUCACAACUGUUACUGUUGUAUUGUUGUAUUUUUGGAACUUUUUAUAUAAAGAAAUGAGAAAAGGCUGCUCUGCUGCCUUUGUUUAAAAUAAUCUGUGGUUAGAAGGUGCUUGUUGGAGUGGUGGUUGGAUUCAAAAUCGCACUGACAGAGAAACAAGGACCUCUUCUUCGAUAUUAUGGCAUAUUUAAAUAGAGAUAUUUUAAAAAACUGCAGACGCUCUGAUGCAUAAUGUUCUACAAAUCAAAUGUCUAAUUGUUGCUGUUAUAAUGUGUUAUCAUUGUUUUUAUGCCAUUUAUAGAAAGGUAUUUGUUACAUAGAAGAAGAAGAGUACCAUAGUUUCCUUUUAAAAUAACAUUUUGGUUUAUUGAAUGUUUCACUGCAGAUGUUCUGAUGUUUGUGUUGCUGUGUGUCCUCUUAGCAGAGCUCUGGAGAGAAUUCAUUGAAUGAAUGAAGGCACUAGGUUUGUUUUGUUGAAAAACUUCGGCAAUGUACUUUCUAGGCCUGCAUGAGCGAGGGGACUGAAGUCAUUGCAUAUAACAGUGUCUGAAAAGACAAGGCAAACACUAGGGACAGUGUGCUUGCCAUCAAUUAACAAUGAAUUCCCCAAUUAGGACUAUAAUGAUUUAGUCUUAAACAUUGCUAAGAAAUAAGCAAGAUAUUAAUGUUAGCUAAGUAUGGGAAUCUGACAUGCCCUAAUAUUGGCAGAGCAUUUCUAACAAAUUCUUACAAAACAAUCACUAUUUCCUAUCAAUAAUAUAAGGUUUAAGAAUGGAAUCAAUAUUAGUUAUCAGUCAUAGAAAAGUCCUGCAACUUCCUUUAAAACAUUUAAAUCAAGAAUUUAAAACAACGCUAAAUCUUUUAACAAUAAUGAUAGCGUGUAAUGUACAUACUGUACUGUACCAACAUAUUGUCCCAUUAUAUUGUUCUGUUGAUAAAUUAAUUCAUUGCAUACAUUGUAUCUGCUAAAUCAAAACUGCUGCAUACACUGAACAUAUUGUUCGAUGUUGUAAUUAUCCUAUAUUUUAAAGGAAACCAAAACACUGACAGAUGAAAUUUGUUGAUAUAAUUAGUCUGUUUAUUGUAAAAUGUAAAAUAAGAAAUUACAUAAUAAAUUAAAAUUGGUCAAUAAUAUGCAUGCAGCUACAGAAAUUAAUCUAAAAUAUAUUCACUUUUUUCAAUAUGGAAAAAGUUUUAUGUAGAUGCUGCUGUGACUGUUUGAGAGUGAAGUCAGAGAACUUAAAAAUAGUAAUGGAAAUAAAGAGCAUGAGCCUAUACAUCACCUCCAAAUUGCAUUGGAUUAACCACAUCCAAAAUGAUAAACUAACUCAACUAAAGCACUGAAAUGUGCAUUGCUCCAUACAUAGUGAAGGUUCAGUGGUAUGAUAUUGUUUUUAUAUGUUUUGAUUGAAACUUCAGUAGACCAACUUAGAGAAAACCCUGGAAAUUCAAAAGACAGCUCUUCAAACCAAUGGUGGUGGGAAAUUGUGUGACUGUGCAGUUAUUUCAUCACCAAGGGCUUUAAUGAGACUUAGUGAAGUAAAGAGUUUGGGAGCUGGAUGGGUGAGACAUCUUAAUAAGCCUGAGGGAGGUCCAAUCCUUCCAAAAAAGUACUGUAUACCUCUUAAUGUGCCACUGAGAAAUAUGUCCAUGUACAUAGUGUAUAGUAAAAGAUAUUACUUGCAUGGUAUAAACAUUUGAAUGCUACUGACAAAAAUGGGGGAUCAACACUGGGUAGCUGUUAUGUAUAAGAAAAGCGUGACAGUGAUCUGUUUAGUCCCGAAUUUUGAAGCAAAAGACAAUGAAACAUGCUGUCCUUAACUGAAAGUAGGUAGUAAGACUUUUAAAUGGACUACAAAAUACUGUGGUGCAUGGGUAAAAAACAAACAGUUCAGUAAAACAACCUAGUGUGCUGGCAGACACAAUCCUAAUGUUACUCUUGACAAAUAAUGCUGGUGUACUCUUGUUCUGGCUAAUAAGGAAACUUUUAGGUUCAAAUUUUCAAAUUCCACCCUUCAGGCAGUUUUGCCACAGUAGCGUUGAGAUGCAAUAAUAGCACAUGCCAUGAGGUUAGAUAAGUUCAGUGGAUUUGAAGCCGUUAAAACACCCAGAAUUGUUUGUAGAUAAUUUGGUAAUUAGGGCAGGUAGAUUUGCUCUUUACCACUUCUGUGAUGUCUAUCAAUUGAUAUUUUUUAUAGUACAUUAGUUGAACAUUACCUCACUAACUGUAGUCUGGAGUGAAAAGAAACAAGUCCAUUGUGAUGCUCUUUUUAUAAAAUGCAGUCUCUGAUUCACACAUGUACUGUAACUUUGUCACGAGCCCCUAAUAGUGCAACACAUUUUGAAAUAACAGUUAUAAUUUGCAGUUGAUGGUACAGUACAGGACUCAAAUCCAAAUAGCACAGAAUUAGUUAUGUUUGUGGCGUCUGAAGAAAAAACGAACUAUUUUUCUCAUUAAAAGACUAUUUGUAAAGAAAAUCUCAGUACUGUAUCACUCUUGACUCUCAAGCUGAGGAGAAACUAUAGUCUGGCUUCGGUGUCAUUUCGCUCUGGCUUUACAUAUUUUAAGAUGCAUAAAGAGAGACAUAUCGUAUUGUUGACUUUUAUCCCAUAUGCUAAGAAUAGAGAAUCUCUGGUGCUAACACAUGCCAGGCAAGUCAAAAGGUUUUGCUGCUUUUUUACUUAUUGGACCAUAUUUAGUUGCUCUUGAAAUGCAUUCAUUGCAGUUCACCCAACACCUAAAACUUUCAUAUCGUUUUCCUUAUAUAAAAAAAACAAACAAAAGAAAAUCAAGCAAAUUUGAGCCCAAAUUACAUUACAUCACAUUUAAAUUUAUUCAUUUGACAGACGCUUUUAUCCAAAGUGACUUACAUUUAAGGAAUAACAUACAAGCAUCAACACAGCAUCAAUACAGUAAACUAGCAAUUUAUAUGUGUUGUCAUAUAAAGUUUGAUCAUAUCAUUUGGAUUCCUGUAAAUAAUUAGACAUACUGGUAUUUUGACUCAUGGUCAGAAGUGACAUACUGCUCCCAAUAUUAUCUUAACAUUUUGGCCUUGAACUGCAGAUUCAUUCAAUGAUAUAGUGCAGUGUAACACAUCACAAAUGACUGCUCUGUCUUUCAAAUGAAACAGCUCAUAGGCCAGUAAAAUGUUGCAAUUAACUUCCUUUAUAAUAAAAGUAGAAGUCCAAGCAUAGGUUACAUAAUCAUAUUUUCACCUAUCAGACUUUAAAAGACUUUCAGUGGGUAUUUUCUUUAUUGUCAAGAACAUUGUUUAAAAGAAUAAUGGAUAUUAUAGUAAAUACCUCCUCCAGGAACUAUAGGCAGAAUCACAGGCAAAAUGCUUGCUAAACCGAAACAAUUGCUAAUUACAGAAAUAUUAUCUCUUACUGACAGGAAAGAGUCAUUGAGAUAGAUAACUUCUUCUAAAUUAAACUUUAAACAAAGCAAAGCUAAUAUAGCUAAGCUCAUUUAAUAUGAGUCUGUGUGUAAUGCAAAACACUGCAGAUACUUGCCAUCAGUGUAUCGAUAAAACAACUUUUGUCCAGUCUCGAGUGAACAAAAAGGCAUUACAGAUUUCAAAUUUGAAAAAAAAAAAAGUUUCUUUACACCGUGUAAAUAAUAUCUCAAGUAAGCAUACCUUGUCUUAUAUAUUUUUUUGUAGAAGAAAAUAUGAUGCACUUCAACUAUAUUGAAGACUGAGUGGGAACCGUGUAGUGUAGGGUCUGCUUCAGUGACACAUUAUAACAUGAUGUAACAGACCAAUGUCUACAGUAUAUGUGAGUGAUGGAAAUCUUCUAAAUGCUAGAAAUUAGUUUAAGAAUUUGAUAUUAUAGAGCCAGGAAAUAUAGAGACAGUAUAUCGUCAUGGAACCAAAAUGGUUAUAUGAGUAUAUAUUUGCAGACAGUACUUGUUCAAGAAUGUAAGAAUAUAUUCUAUUAUUUUUAUAUCAAUGUGUUGCUUUAUACUGUAGCAAUGCAGAAUCUUACACAAAGAAGAUAAAUAUGACGUCCGUCUGAGGUUUUCAGUUGUGUACAAAACAAAAGAGAAUGGUGCACCAAAAUGGCUGUCACUGUACUGUAUAUCUCACUGUCUAUUACUCAGAGACUCUCAGAGAAAGAUACAGCAAACUAGUUAUUAUAGCAACGUUCAUUGGUGUGAAUAGCAAAUGUAAUUGUUAAAUUAUUUGUGGGCCAUCAUCGCUUAUCAUUUGUUCUUUUGAGGACAGUGAUUUAGCUCCUCGCUAGUUUUUUCUUUUUGGUUGAUUACCCAGCUGGCUUCUGCAGUCACGCAUUCAUCUUUUUGAAAUAUUUUUUGGCAUGAAAGAAUGGAAUCAUUAGUGCUCUCUUGCAAUCUGUAUCACUGCAGAGCACAUAAAUAUAAAUGUAUAAUCAUCUAAUUCAAAAACUGUGCAGAUAGAAAUGUUUCACAGUGUGUAUUUACAGUAUGUAUGUAACGGACACAGUGCUUCAUGAUGCUGCUUUGAACUGACAUAAGGGGAUCCAAAAUGUUUGCUUUUGGUUAUAAACACAAGCAUGUGCAAGUUAACACGAUGAACGCUCAAAAGGGGAGGUUGAGCAUUGCAGCAGCUGCUAAAAGUUACUCCAGACAUUGGAAACAUUGAAUUCAGUGCUGUACAUUGCCAAAAACACGCCAUAUACAUUCUGACAACUGGUGCUAUUUAAAAAACAUCUGUGGUGCUUUUUUAAGUUAGUUAUUUCCUUGCUUCAGACAAAAUGUAGCUACACAAUCCUGUACUGUACUGUAGGUUGCUGUUUGGCCAGUAAGUCAUCAUUUUACCUGGUUGGGUCAUGUGUGUAGAUGGUUUUCUUUGGCUGCUGUUGUUUCAGGGAAUAUGCAGAUCAGAUAGGACUAACAUUUUGAGUGGCAAAUUUUAAAGCAAGGAAAUUUAAUAGGACAUUCAUUUGAAUACACGUGUCAUAAUGAUUUUCUUGAGAUUGAGUUUACAAUUUUCUUGUUAAUUUUGGUCUGAACUUCACAGUGCUUCAAAGUCUAAUGUAUUGGUGGUUGCAAAUAGUAUCCACACAUUGUGUUUGGUGCUGAGUGAACAGAUAUGCUCACCAUGACUUUUUAUACGGUAUUCAUCUUAAACAUUCAAAUCCCUCUAUUGUCUUUCUAUCAGGUCAAGUAAACAUAUUAACUCCCCCUACAGGUACCCUUUUAUUGUACAGUGUAGACAACAUCAACAUGGUGUGACAGGAGGAGGUGAAAUUAAGACUUCCACUCACCUUUAAGUCAAUAGAACUGGUUCUUCAGCAACAGACCCCAAAACCCUCAUUAGAUAAAGGUUGUUGCUUACAAGGGACCUGUAGUGUUACUAUGUUUGAAAGACCAGACUAGAGAAAGCAUCAGAAUAUUGUCUUAUAAAGAUGCUGUUUAAAACUAGUUUAAAAAGUUUGCUGCGAACACUCAACUCAACUUUUUGGAGCCUCUAUACAUGCAAACUUGUACAAGUUUUCAAGUACAAGUUACAUGAAGCUGAUUAUCUCUUUUCUUUUGAUUUAAUCACAAAAUGCAAUACAAGUGGAAGAAGAACAAACUGAACUCAUUGUCUCCUCUUAAUUGUUCGGUCUUCCUGAGAUGCGUAGAACUGGUUUGAGUUACUGUUCUUUGUUAUCAUGACCUUCUGAAAAACAAGAACGUGUGAGUGUGUUCAAUCUUAGUUACAGGCGUAGACAACUCAGUACCUCAAAAUGUCUCUUCAUGGAAAUCUCUAGUCCAGAAAUGUAACUACAGUUACGACAGUUUUUUAUGUUCACCAUUUCUGACAAGUCAGUGCUCAUUAUGCUUUUUAUAUUUGUUGGCACAAACACUAAAAAGAAUGUAUGGCUAUUGUAAUUCCUGCUCACCCCCACUCUUCCUAAAAAUUGAAGCUUUUAAAGCAACUAAAUUGAACUGUCAGUUUUUUGUAUUUCAAAUGUCUUGGUAUGCUUGUUGUAGUUGUAUAUUCAUAAUGGUGUAUAUUACAUCAGUUUUUAUUUAUUAAAAUGUUUAAAUUUUC